AUGGAGCGUAAUGCAGCACAUCAACAGGCAUCAAGCAGCCAGAAUCCUCACAAUCCACAGACCAAUUAUCCUUUAUGUACUUCCUCUCCCGGACCACAUUCGAAAUCACCAUGCACCUCUCACGGAGGCCCAAGAAUACCAGGUUCUUCGAACAUGACUGGGCCGACUGCUGCAGGAAGUAGUAAAGUCACCGACACAACCACAACACCGGCAGACAAUGCGCCGUCUACUGCGACGUAUUUUUAGAUAGUAGACUGUAGACUAAUGAUCAUGGAGGAGAAUGACUAAUCAUGAUGUAGAAGAUGAAGAUGUUUUUACUUGGAUGGGAUGCUGAUCAGUAGAAGUACAUAGUUGUUGAAACUUACGGAGGGGAUUCCGGAGACUAGCUAGAGCUAGGAACUCUUGAUAUUUAUCCUAAGAAAUUUUGUAAAGUCCUCUGCCUCUCCAUUCAUGAGUCCUCUAAGAAAAACUGCAAACUACUCUAGGUCUUAGUCAAAAUAGAAGAUUCCAUGGCACCAGCCAUUCAUCUACCACAUCAUCAACCCCACAUCAGUGAUGCCGGAGGACCUUCAGUACCACAUCAGCAGUACAACAGUUAAGGCUUGAGGUAAUCCAUCUCCAGAAGCAUCUUGGGACCUUCCUCUAAGGUCGAAAAGCAAGCCCACGAUGACGCUCAAGAUGGAUUCCAGGAAGCUCUAAAAGAGUCUUGGAUCAACGGCAGCUAUUAGUAGUAAAGCUGCUAUAGCGCAUCCGCCAUUGCAGAAUUUUGAAUUAACGCCUGAAGAAUUGGACAGUUAUAUAGCUGCCUCUCGUACAGCAGACGAGAAGUUCAGAGAGUUCCUGAAGCGGACAGAGUCGACACCAUGCUUUUCUCAAAUCGAGAGGGAGGUGACACCUUUAUGAUGAAUCAUGGUUUUUCAUGCAAGUCAAGGAAAUAGAUAUGAUAAGAUAUGAUAGAUAUGAUAGUCACGGCCACGGACACAUCAUGAAGGUGGAAAUCAUGUCACCUCAGUUCGUUGCACGUGAGAUUCUAGUAAUGGAAGAAGGCCAAUGAUCACACGUUUUUCUCCUCAACUUUCAGAAUGGAGGUUCUUUUCUUUUUCAUCUUCUAGCUCCAUCCAGUCUAAUCCCAGAAUCCUUUGCAGCAGCCAGAAAAACUGUAGUCGAAAAGCGUCCUUUUGGCGGCUUCGCUAUGCAGCUAUUAUACAGCAAGUACGUUCACUAUCGGCGAAAUUUGAAAAAGGCUGAAAACAAGUCACCAUCUAGUAAAGCAGAGAACAAGGAGAAAAAUAUUGGGGCAGUUGCGUCGUCGUCUCCGACAGCCGCGGUAGCUUAAUAUAACUACAACUUGUAGUUGUAUCUAUGAAUUCAAUACGGUGCUCGACAUGUCAUUAAAAGCGAUGGCGUUGCGUAAAUAGGGAUCAUAGUGUUGCAAUUCAUCUUGCCGUUGCGUAAAUAGGGAUCAUAGUGUUGCAAUUGAUCGCGAUGGCGUUGCGUAAAUAGGGAUCAUAGUGUUGCAAUCGAUCUUGCUGAAGAUCUUGGUUCCCUUUUUUUUCCAUCGUGCAUUUCUCAUUCUCAUACUUACUCGCAACAUACCUACUAUAUCACCAUACUAGGCACAACCUGGCGGUGAGUUAAAGUUCGCUCUGCCAUGGAUUUUGCCUGGCCGGUUAGGGCGUUACUUGAUCGAAGCAGAGUCCCUGACGAAGGAAGAAGGUCAACAUCUCGCAAGACCCAGGACUCUACCAGGACCGAGCCCAUAUGAACAGCAGUACGUGAUACCACCAGAUAGCAUUCGAUGGGAAGAUGAUGGGGUACUACAGUUUAAGGGUAACUUUUUUUUGGAGAUAUUGACAUUAGAUAUGAAGAUGAUGGGGUACUACAGUUUCAGGGUAACUUUUUUUGGACAGAUAUUGACAUGAUUAGAUAUGAAGAUGGUGGGGUACAACUAGUACUGCAAUCAUAGGAUUUUGAAGAGUCUUUGGAAUUGCCUUCUUGGAUUUCAGGAUCUCUAUAUCAGGUACAUGGCGCUUAGAUUUUCAUCCUUUUACUUUAAAGCAUCCUUGAUCGGAUUUUCCGCUUCCUCAACAUCAAUCUUCAGCAACAAUCUUGGCGAUGGGAUCCAAAGAAGGGUGCCUAUGCUUUAGGCCGGAAGUUGCCGAUCACAGACAAGCCAGUUCCAGCAGGCUACUGGUUUUCUCGAGACUGGCAACCCUCCUCGGGCGGCGGUCAUUUGCCGCCGAUUCACGAGAACGACGUGGCUGGAGGAGAAGGAGGGGAUAUUAUAGGUUUAAGGGUGGACUUAAUGCUCUGAAGAUCUAGAUAUCAACAUAUGCUUCCGCUUUUGUCUCUUCGUCUCUUCAUAGAAUCACGAUUGCUUUGCUUUUGUCUUUUCUCCCCGUUAUAGACAAUCACAAUCCAUUCCAAAGCAGUUGCUUGCAGACCUCUAACCACAACAUCAGCCGAUGGCUCUGCAGGAAUCAACGUGAUGGAAGCUGCGGCUUGGGUUGCCGCUGUCCAGCCGUUUCAGCACAUGAACCCUUUUCAGCAUAUAAGCCAGCACGAACAGUGUGCGUAUCUAGUGCAACGGCUCACAGAUCUGGGCGCAGAACAGUUGUACCAGUGGGGACAGGGAAGAGAUAUUGUGGAAUUAGUUAUGAUCGUGUGUCAGAAGUAAGAAGAGGACUUCGAAGAAGCAGUCCUGGGUUUUUUCAAGUAACGAAGUUGUUACUUUGUAACGAGUUGAUAUCCACUCACACACAUCAUACCCCUCACUAACUCAUCCAUAAGCUUCCAGCAUGUCCAUCAUAGCUACUAGCUACUGCGGUUGAUUACUCCGCAUGACGGAAGAACUAGGAGAGAUGACCGCACAAUUCCUCCCUCUCCUCUAAUCCUCAAUUCCUGACCCUUACGAAAGAAGGCUUAGUCGAUGCGCACAUGCCAUUAGCAGAGAGGGACGCGCUUUUGGACAGCAGAACCGAACAAUUCGGGUUUAG